GAAUCGAAGACGCGAUCGCUUUGGUCACGCAGGCCACCAGAAAAGACACACACGGCAAUCUCCGAAGAAGCUUCCGCGGCUCCGGUUCUCGGUUUCUCCAAAAAUUUCAGUUUGAUAACGCCUGCCGGACGGUGAACAUCGCCUCGUUCCCGAUAUCACGGAUAUAUAUACGAAUAUAUAAAAUAUCUUGAUCUCGCCAUGAAGUCGGUGUGCUGUGUUAGUGCUGUGAUUACACUCCUGCCCCUCGUACUCCUCUCCAAACCCACCGAUGCCCAGUUCAAUCAGCGCCGGCAAGUUCGCCAGAACUGCAUCACCCCCGAGAACUACUACGGGAGUUGCGUGACCCUGACCUACUGCCCCCAGGUGGUGAACAUCUUCCAGACCACCAACAGUGAUCGGGCCCAGCGCUAUUUGAUCGCCCUGCAGCGCAGCUGUGGCACCCGCAACAUCAACGGGGAUCCGGUGAUCUGCUGCACAGAACCCAGAUAUAACCAGGUCACAGAGCGACCCCCGAACCCCUUCUUCCCCACAGAGAACUCAUUCGUGGGUCCGCAGCCACCGCCGGAAGUGCCCGAUAAUUUCUUCGUGAAUCCCACCCCAAGGCCAACUACUACUACGACCACGACGACGACGACCACUCCAGCUCCCAUCCGGAUCACCUCAUCCGCACCUUUGGUGGACCUACGGGGACCCUCGUGCCGAGGACCAGACACCAAACCCGGAAACUGUGUUGAACUCAAGGAAUGUGCUGCGCUGUUGAAUGAGUUGCGGGUGAAGCAGCGGGACGAGACCUUUGCCAAUUUCCUGCGUGCCUCCAGGGUGGUUUGUGGCAGCCAGGGCACCCAGGUGUGCUGCCCCAACGGACAGACGGUCACCACUCCGGCUCCCGUUCUGCCCAAGAACACGGACGAAGUGCCUCGACGGCUGCUCAAUGUGGAGGAGGGAUGUGGCUAUACGGUCGGAUAUUACAAGAAAAUCGUGGGCGGUGAGGUGAGCCGCGCGGGGGCGUGGCCAUGGAUCGCGCUUCUUGCAUAUGAUGACGCCUCCUCAUCGCCGUUUAAGUGCGGAGGAACCCUGAUCACCGCCAGACACGUACUCACUGCUGCCCACUGCAUCAGGGAUGAUCUACAAUUUGUGCGAUUGGGAGAACAUGACCUGUCCACGGACACGGAGACUGCUCAUGUGGAUAUUAACAUAGCUAGGUACGUGGCCCAUCCGGAGUACAAUCGCAAAAACGGACGCAGUGACAUGGCCAUCCUGUACUUGGAGCGAAAUGUGCAGUUCGUGGCGAACAAGAUCGCGCCCAUCUGUCUGCCGCACACUGCCAAUCUGCGCCAGAAAUCCUACGUGGGCUACAUGCCCUUCGUCGCCGGAUGGGGCAAGACGAUGGAGGGCGGUGAGUCGGCCAGCAAGCUCAAUGAACUUCAGAUUCCCAUUUACGAUAACGAGGUGUGCCGCCAAAGCUAUGCGAAAGAGAAGCGCUACUUCUCGGCCGAUCAGUUCGACAGUGCCGUCAUCUGCGCCGGAGUCCUUUCCGGCGGCAAGGAUACGUGCCAGGGUGACUCCGGCGGACCACUGAUGGUGCCGGAGCAGUACCAGAACAAACAGCACUUCUACCUUAUCGGCGUUGUGUCCUACGGCAUCGGAUGUGCCCGGCCAAACGUGCCCGGCGUUUACUCCAGCACACAGUACUUCAUGGACUGGAUCAUCCAACAGGUCCAACAGACGCCCUAAGUUGCCAUCGCCCACUUGUUGCACUUAGGUCAUAAGGUCCCUAGAUUAAACUAAAUUAAUGUGUAAUCAAAUUAACUCUGUAAUCAGAAUAAAACGAUUGAUUUAAGAUCUGAUAUCGAUUUUAAGUUGUUAACAAAACAGGUUUACAUUAUUUAAAAAAAGCUUGAAUCACAAAUAAAUUCAUUUACAAAGAAAAAA